AUGCAUUCCCUCAUCAUGCUAGUUAUGCUCAUUGUUUGUUCUGUCGUCAGCUCGUACUCGAUUCCAUCAGCUUUUUCGACCUACUUUGUCACCUCCAACUUCACCAAGCGACUUUUGCGGCCCCUAGCGGGACCUCAGGAGUUUCACAGCUCAGUUGUUGUUGACCUUGUACUCGGAGUACUUCCACGCGAAGAAGGGGAGGCCCCAGCCGACCGUCGAGAAGAUGAGCAUCUUGACGGCCAUGCCGGUCUUGCCCUUGGUGCCGCCGGGGAUGCAGCUGAUGUUAGCGCCGAGGCCGAAGGCUAA